CCUUCAUCUGCACCUCCACACACUCUUAAUCAGUCGAUUCCGAUGGGGGGAAGCGUCGCAGGCCCGUCGUCUUUUCCACAAACGAAUGUUCAGCAGCAUGCCGUGACCACGACAUGGCCUCAACCAUCUACAACUGUUGGUGGAUCAACUGCUACCAUUAAAACAA